AAAUGUCACAGAACAUCAAGAGCUCACCGACUCAAUCUACACCAAAAAGACCAUCCUCGUAAGCUCUGGGCGACGAGCAUGUAUAAAGCAUGAGGUCCAUCCAUAGAUUCAAACCCAUCACAACAGCUGUAGCAUUUUCAACACAUCGCACUCUGACCUCCAGCUACCAAGUUUCAACAUGCAGUUUAAGGCUUCCAUUCUGAUUUUCUUGGCCUCGAUGGCUCCCGCUUUUGCGGCCCCCGUCGAAGCGGCAGCAGCCUCAGGACCCGGACUGUUCCUGUGCCAGAACACGCACUUCAACGACCGGCCCAACUUCUGCAAGAAGUACAGCAGCCCCUGGGGCCAGUGUACUACCACGACCGAUAUCUUCCCCGGCGGUGACCGCGGCGUGUCGUCUGCAGGCCCUGAUCCAGGGAAUUGGUGCACUUUAUACGAGAACGAGGGUUGCACUGGACCCGAGCUGCAGGUGUACUAUCCUGGUUACUUUGACUUGGCUCAGGUUGGCUGGAAUGACCGCGCGAAGAGCUUCAAUUGCGCUGCUAUCUGAGACAUGCUGGACCUCAACAGGAGUGCAGCUUUGGGCACGGGAGGAAGCGUGGUGUUUUGGACGAGGACGAGAUUGAGAAAUUGGCUCUUUGGUUUGUUACUUACUUGGCAUCACUGUUCCAGUACCUAGCAACGAUAAUCACUUACCGAC